CUGACUUCAGUGGCCAAGGGCACACUUGAAAGCCGCCUCUACUUCGCUUGAUGCGGCCAACCUCGAAGCAUCAACUCGAAGACAAUUGCGCCUUCUUUCUUUUGGCCUCGUGCCAAAAAGGACCAGCAUGACUAUGGCGGCCUCAUUUGUGCGAGCCGCGAGCCGGCACGCACACACUUCCAAACGACUUUGCCUCACACCCAGUCGUCAACUCCCCUCGAGACAGAGACAGUCGCUCUUCUUCUCCCGUUCGAUCUCGUCGACUGCCCCUCGAAGAGCAGAUCCUAGUACCACCGGGCCCGUCUCCGCUCCCAACCCUGAAACUCCUGGCGGUCCCUUAGCCACCACUAUCUCUCCCACGGAUUCCACCUUUACCAAACACGUCCAGCAAGACACCAACUUGGUCAAUAAAACCCCCGACAUGAAUUUGGGUGAUGAAUACGAGACAAGGAAGAUCCGUCAUUAUACCGUAAACUUUGGCCCACAACAUCCCGCUGCACACGGUGUGUUGCGUCUGAUUCUCGAGCUCAAUGGCGAAGAAAUUGUCAGGGCAGAUCCCCAUGUCGGGCUGCUGCAUCGAGGCACGGAAAAGUUGAUUGAGUACAAGACAUACCUCCAGGCUCUGCCAUAUUUCGACCGAUUCGACUAUGUCUCAAUGAUGACCAACGAGCAAUGUUUCUCCCUUGCCGUUGAGAAGUUGCUCAAUAUCGACAUUCCCGAGCGAGCCAAAUACAUUCGGACCUUGUUUGGGGAGAUUACCAGGAUAUUGAACCACUUGAUGUCGAUUCUGUCGCACGCUAUGGAUGUCGGUGCUCUGACUCCUUUCCUCUGGGGUUUCGAGGAGCGAGAGAAGCUUAUGGAAUUCUACGAGCGUGUCUCAGGUGCACGAUUGCAUGCUGCUUAUGUUCGUCCUGGCGGUGUCAAGGCAGAUAUUCCCCUUGGAUUACUGGACGAUAUCUAUGCCUGGGCAACUCAAUUCGGUGAUCGCAUUGACGAGACUGAGGAGCUCUUGACAGACAACCGCAUCUGGAUCGGCAGAACAAAGGGUGUUGGCGUCGUUUCCGCUGCUGAUGCCCUCAACUACUCAUUCUCUGGUGUCAUGUUGCGAGGCUCCGGCAUUCCCUGGGACAUUCGGAAGAGUCAGCCGUAUGACGCCUAUGAUAAAGUCGAAUUCGAUGUGCCGGUGGGUCAAAACGGCGACUGUUAUGAUCGAUACCUGUGCCGAAUGGAAGAGUUCCGACAGUCUUUGCGCAUUAUUCACCAAUGCUUGAAUCAGAUGCCCCCGGGUCCCGUGAAAGUGGAGGAUUACAAAAUCGCGCCACCUCCGCGAGCAGCAAUGAAGGAGAACAUGGAAGCUCUUAUUCACCACUUUUUGCUCUUCACCAAGGGCUACACUGUUCCUCCAGGGGAUACCUACAGCGCAAUUGAAGCUCCCAAGGGCGAAAUGGGCGUCUAUCUCGUCAGCGAUGGAAGCGAACGUCCAUACCGAUGCAAAGUGCGAGCCCCUGGGUUUGCCCACCUGGGUUGUUUCGAUCAGAUCAGCCGUGGUCAUUUACUGGCGGAUGCAGUCGCCAUAAUUGGCACUAUGGAUCUCGUAUUCGGAGAAGUGGACCGAUGAGUAGGACAGAACACGUCGUUUGCGAGGUGAAUAUCGACGGUAGAAGGGUUUUGGGAGGCGGAGGUAGGAUUCUGAAGCCAGGUGAGGCCGGGGGUUGAUGGUGAGACCCAAGGCUGGGAGCCCUGUCCUGAAGAACAGGCUAGGCCUUCCAACUGGGUCUGAGCGAUGCAUUCUGUGUAUAUACUGUGCUAGCCGCAUCCCAUUUGUGUCCAAAUUCCUCCGUCCUUGAGUGUGACCGUCGCACAAGCAUUCUUUUGAUGUUUGUAGGUCACGUGGUUGAUGUAGAAAAGUUGCAUGGACCACGUGAUCGAAUGCCUAGCGCACCAAUCACAGACUGUCUGCGUCUCCCGAACCAAUUAGACGAACCCCUGUCAACAAUAAGUAGCACAGUCUGACAAAAAGAG